AUGGCCGUCGCCGCCGGCUGCAAGGGCGAAGGGUGCCUAGCAUUGCCGUGCAAGAGGUCAACAAGUGACUGCGUCAAGGGCAGCUACUGCAAGGAUCAGCGGUGUCAGGUACUUCCCGACGGCGCAUGCGUCCGUGAUGAAGACUGCCCUAGCGGCAAGUGCGAACCGAUCGCCUGCGGUCCACGGGAUGCUCUUAACCAAUGUCUGUCACCAACGAAGGGCUUGAAGUUAAUGUCGGAGUCCAAGUCUAUGUGCCGCAAGCUCAAGUUGAAGGCCCCGCAGGCGUGCAACGUCAACUCGGACUGCUCGAAGGGGGACUACUGCCACAUCAAGGAGAAUGGUGAUCGGCUGUGCACGCAUCUCCCUGAUGGCCACUGCACCGGAGACCGCGACUGCCCCUCCAGCAUCUGCCUCCAGGAGCCAAAGUUCUGUUUGGGGAGGAACUGCUUUGGCACGUGCCAU